CGUGGUCCGUGGUCGUGUAAAUUUUCGUGGGUCCCCGGAAGAGCUACAUCGGAUGGCGAUCUUGUACGUUUCAUUCGCGCGAUUCCAUCAUUAAACGUAUCAUGCAUUGUCUCAUCGUAUCACUCGGAUAAUCAUCGUAAGUUUUGCGUUUACUCGUAAUAUCGAUGAUACUUUUCGCGCGUACCGGCUUUCGUUGAAAGAGAAAGAGACAGAGAGAGAAAGAGAGUGGCGCGACGGGCUUCCUCCAUGUAAUUCGCCGUAACCACGUGCUUGAAAAUAUUGUCGAUCGGAUCGGCUCGCGUGUAAUUAUCUAGCGCGCGAUAAGGCAUCGAGAAUAUUCGUCGCGUCCGAACAGAGGUAUGCCGAAAUGACGGAGUUCGUGGACGGCUGGUUCCUGGGUCAUACCCUGGGCGAGGGUGCCUACGGCGAGGUUAAACUAGUUGUAAAUAAAUCUACAGGCGAAGCUGUUGCUAUGAAAAUGAUUGACAUUGAGAAACAUCCGGACGCGAGACAAACAGUACGCAAAGAAACUGCUAUUCAUCGUAUGUUGUCAAACUCUAACAUUAUACAAUAUUUUGGAAAACGUAGCGAAUCUAAUAUGGAAUAUAUAUUUCUGGAGUAUGCCUCGGGCGGAGAAUUAUUUGAUAGAAUUGAACCUGAUGUCGGUAUGCCGAUGUGGGGAGCUCAGAAGUAUUUUAGACAAUUAAUUUCUGGCGUAGAGUAUCUACAUAGUCGCGGAGUUGCGCAUAGAGAUCUCAAACCAGAGAAUUUACUUUUAGAUAAUAAUGAUAAUUUAAAGAUAAGUGACUUUGGAUUAGCGACAAUAUACCGUAUGCAAGGUAAAGAACGUCUUUUGGAAAAGAAAUGUGGUACUCUGCCUUAUGUUGCACCAGAGGUGCUGGUAAGAGCAUAUCACGCAGAAUCUGCAGACAUAUGGUCUUGUGGAAUUAUUCUCGUGGCUUUGUUGGCUGGAGAACUGCCAUGGGACCAACCCUUGGCAGAGUGUCCUGAAUAUAUUGCAUGGAAAAACGGAAAAUAUAUGUCUCUUACACCGUGGAAAAAACUGGACAAUUCGUCAUUAUCAUUAAUAAGAAAGAUCCUUAUGGACUUGUCAUCGGCAAGAUACAAAAUGUCGGACAUUAAGCAACAUAGGUGGUUUGUCACGAGUUUUGCCAAAGGUGAUGAAGCAGACGGACGUAAUUAUCGAAUAGAGGAUGAAAAUCUAAGAAAUGUUUGUUUGUCCCAACCUGAAUUCCCAGGGAUGGAAAGUGAUACAAUUCAAUUCAAUUUGGACAGACGUCCAACGUUUUCAUUUUCUCAACCCGCUCACGUAGAAGAUCUUUUAUUGGGUACACAGUUACAAUUUACACAACCCAGUCAGCAAAACCCCUUCCAAAGAUUAGUUCGUCGAAUGACUAGAUUCUUUGUUAAAACAGAAUGUAAAGAAAUUGUAAAGAGGCUAAUAAAAUAUUGCGAGAAAGAGAAUUACGCUUAUCGCAAUAAUGAGUCUGGCGUGGUAACGAUAUCGACUGUAGAUCGACGUAAAAUGUCUCUAGUUUUCAAAGUGAAUUUUAUGGAAAUGGACGGAAAUAUAUUAGUCGAUUUUCGGUUGUCUAAAGGAUGUGGUUUGGAAUUUAAAAGAGCGUUUAUUAAAAUCAGAUGCGCAAUGGAAGAUAUUAUUCUGAAGAGUUCCGUAGUAUAUUCGAAGAGUUAAUAAUGACAAACUCACAAAUAAUUAUAUGUAUAGAAAUG